CAAUCUUUUCGAAUAUCAGUCAACUCAUCUCCGCUGGGAAGUCUCAGACAUCAUUCAAACAGACAGAUUGCCCUCCUUUUCUAAGGAAUCUCCUUAACUUGAUGGGAAGCGUCCCUCCCCCAAAAGGAGUCAGAUGUCACAUGAAUAUGUAUUAUUUUGGAGAUUGGAGGAGGAGGAGGAGGAUGGUGAUCAGUCCUGUGAUAUGCAACUGCAUUGUUAUGUGAUACAUAUUGUUGGCGAUGAUGUUGAUGUGUGAUAUAUGGCGAUGGCAGCAGCCCCAUCCUGAUUGUAUGGCUGUACUGCAAUGUUUUGUAAAUGCAUAAAUUAAUAUCAACCACCUCCUUCAUCGCCCUCUUCCUUGUUCAUUUCAGCCUUUUGGAUGUGGAUGUGAUCAUUGGUGUGAUUCCGAUCGAUUUUCUUCGGACUCAGAAAAGCUGUUGAUUUUUUUUUGCUUGCAUCCGCAACUUCACCUUUAACCGUUAGUAAGCUUAUUACCAGACGCUUACUCAGCCCCCCCUAUCAAUAGCAUUCCCAUCCAAUAUAAGGUCUUAGAUAAGCAUCCAUUCGAUCGGAGUUAUCUGUUCGAUCGGCUCUCCUGUUAAAUAUCUCGAUUCUUGAACAGCAGCAACACUACAGCGGCCAAUAAAUCCUAGGAUUCUCAUUUGACCCAGUUGGGAAGUGCAACAAGGCUGAUUUAGUUUAUAUCACCCAUCCUUUGAAGCACUUAUUAGAAAGCCAGAAUGCCAUCAGCUACUGCCCCUUCGACGAUGAAUGCCAGGACGGCCGAGUUGGUCCGACAUCUCAAUACCACCGCCAUCACUAACUCCACCGAGUCUUAUCCAGGCAUGCAUAAACUCAGGUCCUUACGGGCCGCCGCUACAUUAAGAGACCCGUUUAUUAAUGAGGAUACCGGAUUUCCUCUCGAACUUCGUCACCGAAUGGGUAUUCGUGGCUUACUACCCCCGGCUAUCGAAACCUUAGAUCAGCAAAUGGCUAGGGUUUUGGAUCAGAUGAGAACUAAACGAACUUCGAUCGGACAAUAUAUCUACUUGUCAAACUUGAGACAAAGUAAUGUUAACUUGUUUUACCAUGUCUUAUUAACCAACACGUCCGAGGUUGUUCCACUGGUCUACACACCAGUCGUAGGAGAGGCCUGCAUUAAAUGGUCUCACAUUUACCAGCGUCCAGAGGGACUAUAUGUGUCUUGGAACGAUAGAGGAUGUAUUCGUGAUGUACUGAAGAACUGGCCUUUACCUGAGGAAGCUAGAAUUUGUGUGGUCACUGAUGGCUCAAGAAUUUUGGGCUUGGGUGAUUUGGGUGUUGGUGGUAUGGGAAUUUCCGUUGGCAAACUGUCGCUCUACGUGGCGGCUGCAGGCAUUCGACCUUGGGCCACUGUACCGAUCUGUAUCGAUCUUGGGACUGAUAACGAAAAGAAUUUGACUGAUCCACUUUACUUGGGACUGAGGAUGAAGAGGCGCUCGAAGGAAGAGGCUUUGGAGUUCAUGGACGAGUUCAUGGCUGCUGUACAUGCCGAAUUUCCAGAAUUGGUUAUUCAACAUGAAGAUUUUGCAACAGAGCGUGCUUUUGAUUAUCUAAAACGCUAUCAACACAGCUAUCCAAUGUUCAACGAUGAUAUUCAAGGUACUGGAGCUGUCAUCUUGGGUGGCUUCAUCAAUGCUGCUCGUCACUCCGCCUCAGCAAGUGGUAAGGAACUGCGUGAUCAGCGGAUCGUAUUCAUGGGGGCUGGAAGUGCUGGUGUUGGAGUAGCCAAGCAGCUACUCUCAUUUUUCAUCAACUUGGGUUUGUCAGAAGAAGAAGCAAAGGAAAGGGUUUGGUUAGUAGAUACUAAGGGUUUGGUAACCCUUGAUCGAGGUGACAAACUAGCCGCACACAAGACUUUCUUUGCUCGUCAACCAGGUGGCUCCCAGAUCAAAACCCUCAUCGAAGUGAUCCAGCAUGUGAAACCUACCGCGUUGAUUGGUCUCGCAGCAACAGCGCACCUCUUCGAUGAAGCAGUGGUCAAGCUGAUGGCGGAGUUGAAUCCUCGACCAAUCAUCUUCCCCCUCUCAAAUCCUGUCCACCUGGCUGAAUGCACGUUCGACGAGGCGGUCAAGUGGACCGACGGGCAGGUGCUAUUUGCGUCAGGCUCUCCGUUUGCCAGCUGCGGAUGGCGUGGGCACACUAUUGAACCAGGGCAAGGAAACAACAUGUAUGUGUUCCCUGGUAUUGGACUAGGGGCGAUCUUGGCAAGGGUCAAGACAAUCUCGGAUAAGAUGAUCGAAGCUUCAGCCUUGGCAUUGUCAGAUUCUUUGACAGAUGAAGAAAAGGCAGAUGGACUCUUGUACCCUAGAUUGAACAGGAUCAGAGAUAUCAGUACUUCGGUAGCGUUGCGUGUCAUCCGACAAGCCCAAGAAGAGGGCUUGGUCGGAAAUCCGAUCAUUGGAAAUCUGGGUGAUGACGAGUUGAAGAAGUACAUCGAACAAAAAGAGUAUUGGCCUGCUUUCAUGUCUGGUGAACACAUUGAUUUGGCUAUUAGAUCCUGAUUUAAAAACGUGAUAACAAUCAAGGGUCAAGAACAAUUGAAUAUAAAAUGAAAUAGUCAGGCCAUGAAAAUGAUUAGAGGGUAUUUGAUUUGAUCAACUCUCAAAAGGUUUUGGUAGAAUGCCAGUCAACUCCUAUCUAUUGCUGCAACCUGGAUAACUUUUUGCGUUCACUUGAAAGGAACAUCUGGGCCCGCUAGGUUUGACUUUAUCCAAUUCUUUAUUUUCACCGCGACGGACUACGCAAAUGUUUCUGCUUCUUCUCUUUGAGCAUUGCUAUUUUUGGUUUGAUCGAAAUUUCAUUCUCAAAGUCAACAUUUUCAGUGCUCCCAUGCUGCAGCUUGAUAUCGUUUGUGAAUUGGCCCACGGAGAUGCACCAUAGACAGAGCCAAAAUAUGUGAAUUAGAGUGGACAGGACAAAAAUUCUCAACUGGUCAGACUCAUUUUCGACCCAACAAAUUCAUUACAAGAUUUGGUCAGUAGUUCAUUUUUUGUCGGCUACUUGGCCAUGCUGACUGGAUGUUUCCAGCUGGGUAGGCUAACUGGAUGUGUUUCC